UUGCUGGAUGUGAUCUCUCACCCGCUAUGGAUGGUGGCCACGCUACUACUUUUGAUGGUGGUGCGCUCGCAGCGGAGAGGGUCCUGGGACCCUCGCGCCUGCCCCACGCACCUCAAAGGGAAGACCGCAAUAGUGACAGGGGCCAAUUCAGGGAUUGGAAAGUUCAUCGCCAUGGACUUUGCUCGCCGGGGUGCCCGUGUCAUUUUAGCUUGUCGUUGUGUGUCCCGGGGAUCAGCAGCUGCUAAAGAAAUCCGAGAAAUAACAGGAAACCAUGACGUCCAUGUGCGUCAGGUGGACCUUUCCUCUCUGGAUUCCGUCAGAGAGUUUGCUGAAACGAUUAUGAGGGAGGAAAGAGGUCUUCAUAUCCUCAUCAACAAUGCUGGAGUGUCUGGUUUACCCCGGCAGAUUACCAAAGAUGGGUUUGAUGUUUCUUUUGCAACAAAUCAUUUGGGGCCAUUCCUUCUCACGAACCAGCUGCUUGACCUGAUGAAAGCUUCAGCUCCGGCUCGUAUCGUCACCAUUAGCUCUGUCAACCAUAAAAAGGGUGAAGUGGACUUCUCACAUUUCCGUGGGGAAAAUGUUACUUAUAAUCUUGAUCGGGUUUAUAACAACACCAAACUGCACAAUAUUAUCUGCACUAAUGAGUUUGCACGGAGACUUCAGGGAACAGGUGUCACUGCCAACUCAGUCCACCCUGGUGUUGUCAUGACGGGAAUGAUGAGGCACUAUCCCUUUAGGAUCCGUUGUAUCUUCAGCCUCAUUGGACUGUUCUUUUUCAAGUCUGCAGAGGAAGGAGCAGUCAGUGCCAUCUACUGCGCCGUGUCAGAAGAAGCGGAAGGCAUAAGUGGAAAAUAUUUUGACAGCGACUGCUCACUGGUCCUCCCCGCCCCCUUAGCCCGAGACAAAGCUCUCGCCGUCAAGGACUUUGAGAUAUGUGAAAGACUGACGUCGAAGCUGUGA